CCGCCGCCGCCGCCGGAGCCGCCGGAGCCGCCGCGCCGGGAGAGCCGCCGCCGCCGCCGGAGGAUGCGACGCACAACAGUGCUCUAGAUACGGAGCGUCUGGGCUGAAUGCAGUUUAGCAUCAAAAGGGUCCUCUUUCUGUCGAGAAGAUUGCGAAGUGUGUCAAGAUGAAGCAGGCACCGGAGACCCUCGGCAGCACGAACGGGAAGACCCAGAACUGUGAAGUGAAUCGUGAAUGUUCCGUGUUCCUCAGCAAAGCCCAGCUCUCAACCAGUCUACAGGAGGGGGUCAUGCAGAAGUUCAACGGCCACGACGCACUUCCCUUUAUCCCAUCCGAGAAGCUGAAGGACCUGACGUCCCGUGUAUUUAAUGGCGAACCUGGUGCUCAUGAUGCCAGGCUGCGCUUUGAGUCCCAGGAAGUGAAGGCGCUCGGGACGCCGCCCAGCACCACCCCCAUCAAAAACGGCUCUCCGGAGAUUAAGCUGAAGAUCACCAAAACGUACAUGAACGGGAAACCUCUCUUUGAAUCUUCGAUUUGCGGGGACAGUGCUGCUGCCGUGUCCCAGUCAGAAGAACACGGACAAAAACCGGAAAAUAAGGCCAGAAGGAACAGGAAGCGGAGCAUAAAGUACGACUCCUUGCUGGAGCACGGCCUUGUUGAGGCAGCGCUGGUGUCCAGGAUCUCGAGUCCCUCCGACAAAAAGGUUGCGGCUAAGAAAGAGUCCUGUCCAAAUACUGGCAGAGACAAAGACCACCUGUUGAAAUACAGUGUUGGCGACUUGGUGUGGUCCAAAGUGUCCGGUUACCCUUGGUGGCCGUGCAUGGUUUCUGCUGACCCACUCCUUCACAACUACACCAAACUUAAAGGUCAGAAAAAGAGUGCACGCCAGUAUCACGUACAAUUCUUUGGUGAUGCCCCAGAAAGAGCUUGGAUAUUUGAGAAGAGCCUUGUAGCUUUUGAAGGAGAAGGACAGUUUGAAAAAUUAUGCCAGGAAAGUGCCAAGCAGGCACCCACGAAAGCUGAGAAAAUUAAGCUGUUGAAACCUAUUUCAGGGAAAUUGAGGGCCCAGUGGGAAACGGGCAUCGUUCAAGCAGAAGAAGCUGCAAGCAUGUCGGUGGAGGAGCGGAAGGCCAAGUUCACUUUCCUCUACGUGGGGGAGCGGCUUCACCUCAACCCUCACGUAGCUAAGGAGGCAGGCAUUUCUGUGGAGGCUCCGCCUCUGGGACCCAUGGUAGAGCCCUCAGGAGUCCCCGAGGAAGCUGCUGCUGACCCCAAGUCCAUGCGAGAAGAGGGCGUUCCCAUCAAGAGAAGGCGGAGAGUGAAGCUGUCUAGCUCUGCCGAAAACCGAGCGGGUGACCCUGGGACAGUACAGAGUACUCCUCAAAAGAUGGCAGAGGCCGACCCCAAGAGAGGAGUCGGGUCUCCUCCUGGGAGGAAGAAGGCCACGGCCUCCGCUCCACGAAGCAGAAAGGGAGAUGCGGCAUCCCAGUUUCUGGUCUUCUGUCAGAAGCACAGGGAUGAGGUGGUCGCAGAGCACCCGGACGCCUCGGCCGAGGAGGUCAAAGAGCUGCUCGGCUCCCAGUGGGACAUGCUCAACGAGAAGCAGAAGGCGCGCUAUAACACCAAGUUUGCCCUCGUGGCCUCUCCCCAGCCUGAAGAAGACUCCGGUAACGUAAAUGGGAAAAAAAGAAACCAUACCAAGAGGACACAGGACCCUCCUGAAGACGUUGAAAUUGAAGACGCACCCAGGAAGAGACUCAGGACCGACAAGCACGGUCUCCGGAAGAGAGAGACGGCGAGUGACAAGACGGCCCGAACAGGUUCUUGCAAGGCCAUGGAGGCCGCCACCUCGCUGAAGAGCCAGGCAGCAACGAAACACCUGUCUGACGCAUGCAAACCACUGAAGAAGCGAAAUCGGGCGUCUGCAGCAGCGUCGUGCGCUCCUUUUAGCAAAAGUUCAUCUCCUUCUGCGUCCCUAACUGAGAAUGAGGUGUCGGACGGCCCGGGAGACGAGCCCGCCGAGUCCCCGUACGAGAGCGCCGACGAGACCCAGACCGAAGCGUCCGUCUCCUCCAAGAAGUCUGAGCGGGGCGUGGCCGCCAAAAAGGAGUACGUGUGUCAGCUGUGCGAGAAGCCGGGCAGCCUCCUGCUGUGCGAGGGGCCCUGCUGCGGAGCCUUCCACCUCGCCUGCCUCGGGCUGGCCCGGAGACCCGAAGGGAGGUUCACCUGCAGCGAGUGCGCCUCAGGGAUUCACUCGUGUUUCGUGUGUAAGGAGAGCAAGACCGACGUCAGGCGCUGCGUCGUGUCACAGUGCGGGAAGUUCUACCACGAAGCCUGUGUGAGGAAGUACCCUCUGACCGUGUUCGAGAGCCGAGGCUUCCGCUGCCCCCUGCACAGCUGCGUGACCUGCCACGCGUCCAACCCUUCCAACCCCAGGCCGUCGAAAGGGAAAAUGAUGCGGUGCGUCCGCUGCCCCGUCGCCUACCACGGAGGGGACGCUUGUCUGGCGGCCGGCUGCUCCGUGAUCGCUUCCCACAGCAUCAUCUGCACCAGCCAUUUCACUGCCCGCAAGGGGAAGAGGCAUCACGCUCACGUGAACGUGAGCUGGUGUUUCGUGUGCUCCAAAGGGGGAAGCCUGCUGUGCUGUGAGUCCUGCCCGGCGGCCUUCCACCCCGACUGCCUGAGCAUCGAGAUGCCCGAUGGCAGCUGGUUCUGCAACGAGUGCCGAGCCGGGAAGAAGCUGCACUUCCAGGACGUCGUCUGGGUUAAACUGGGGAACUACAGAUGGUGGCCGGCAGAAGUUUGCCAUCCCAAAAAUGUUCCCCCAAAUAUUCAGAAAAUGAAGCACGAGAUUGGAGAAUUCCCUGUGUUUUUCUUUGGGUCUAAAGAUUAUUACUGGACGCAUCAGGCGCGAGUGUUCCCGUACAUGGAGGGGGACCGGGGCAGCCGCUACCAGGGGGUCAGAGGGAUCGGAAGAGUCUUCAAAAACGCACUGCAGGAAGCUGAAGCUCGUUUUCGUGAAAUCAAACUUCAAAGGGAAGCCAGAGAAACGCAGGAGAGUGAGCGCAAGCCCCCGCCGUACAAGCACAUUAAGGUGAACAAGCCCUAUGGGAAAGUCCAGAUCCACACGGCCGACAUCUCUGAGAUCCCCAAGUGCAACUGUAAGCCCACCGACGAGAACCCCUGCGGCUUCGACUCGGAGUGUCUGAACCGGAUGCUGAUGUUCGAGUGCCACCCGCAGGUGUGCCCCGCGGGCGAGUACUGCCAGAAUCAGUGCUUCACCAAGCGCCAGUACCCCGAGACCAAGAUCAUCAAGACCGACGGCAAAGGGUGGGGCCUGGUCGCCAAGCGGGACAUCAGAAAGGGAGAGUUCGUGAAUGAGUACGUCGGUGAGCUGAUUGACGAGGAGGAGUGCAUGGCGAGGAUCAAACACGCACACGAGAACGACAUCACACACUUCUACAUGCUCACCAUAGACAAGGACCGGAUAAUUGAUGCUGGCCCCAAAGGAAACUACUCCCGGUUCAUGAAUCACAGCUGCCAGCCCAACUGUGAGACCCUCAAGUGGACGGUGAACGGGGACACUCGCGUGGGCCUGUUUGCCGUGUGUGACAUCCCCGCAGGGACGGAGCUGACCUUUAACUACAACCUCGACUGUUUGGGUAACGAGAAGACAGUCUGUCGGUGUGGGGCCUCCAACUGCAGCGGGUUCCUUGGGGACAGACCAAAGACCUCGACGUCCCUUUCUUCAGAGGAAAAGGGCAAAAAGAGCAAGAAAAGAACGAGGAGGCGGAGAACCAGAGGCGAAGGGAAGAAGGAGUCCGAGGAUGAGUGUUUCCGCUGUGGGGACGGCGGCCAGCUGGUGCUGUGUGACCGCAAGUCCUGCACCAAGGCCUACCACCUGUCGUGCCUGGGCCUGGGCAAGCGGCCCUUCGGGAAGUGGGAAUGUCCUUGGCACCACUGUGACGUGUGUGGCAGACCUUCCACGUCAUUCUGCCACUUCUGCCCCAACUCAUUCUGCAAGGAGCACCAGGACGGGGCGGCCCUCGGCUCCACGCGGGACGGGCGGCCAUGCUGCUGCGAGCAUGACCUGGGGGCCGUGUCGGCCCGGAGCGCCCAGACUGGGAAACCCUUUCCGGAACCCAGCAAGUCCAAGGGGAAGAGGAAGAGAAGGAGUGAGGAGCCGGCCCCAGGAGUGGUGAUAGUGACAGUGUUGUAAGCUGUCCCGUAGUUUUUUCUGUCGUGGAUUUGGACUGAAUGGCGCCACCCCGUGGGCCUUGCAAGCGUGGGGCCUCUCGGAGCGGCCUCCCCGGCCCAGGCCAGGUCUGGCGCAUCUCACCUGGGCCUGUCCCUGAACGCACUAGGUUCUUAACCAACAUUUGGGGGAAGACUUUGUAUAUUUUUUUCAUUGGGCUUUUCUUUACCAGUUUCUGGCUUUUAUUCUCAAUAUAUUUUUGCUAAACUUGUUUUCACAAAUUACCACCGACUGAAACGUGUAUUUACUGAUGCGGCCCUGAAUUCUCCCAGGGAAAGGGGCCAACUCGGUGGGGGUGCGGCCCCGCGGUGAGUUUGUGUGAAGCGCCGAGUUCACAGAAAUGGUUCUGUCGGGGCUUUGUGCACCCGCGGCCCGGCAGGGGACAGUCCCGGCAGCAGGGCACGGCCAGGUGCUCCCCACCCUGGGGACCCAGAGCACGUGGGAGACGGGCUUUUCCGAAAAUUGUUCUUUCGGGGUCUGAGGAGAGACGCAGAGUCUAGGACCGUUGCACCUACUUGCUACUCUCCCGUCACCCCUGGGGGUCUGUUCAUAGAAAACGGGAGUUGUGCUGGUCACACGCGCCCAGCCAGGACGCCACCGCCAGGCACUCGUGCUGGGGGCCCGAGGCGCCAUCUGUGGGCGUCGGGCCUGGAACUUCUCUGUGAGACGUCACUAACUUUUACUCCUUACGAGGCCUGGCCGCACCAUGGGAGGAGCUCCUGGGAGCACGAAGGUCUCUUCUCUUUGGAAGUUUCUCUUGACCCUGGGGAGUCCGGAGCACCAAGGGCGGGGGUCCCGGACGCCAGGCAGCCAAGUGCGCCCCGUGGGGCCCGCAGCCUCCAUGCUGACGAUGGGAGGGAAGGGAAUGGAAUACUCAGCAGCAGAUGCUUGUUUCUGGUCCGUUCUUCUUAAAACAACCGAAGGAGAACAGAGACGUACACACGUCCCUUGUUGAAAACUCCCGAGGUCUCUCCUGUCUGUUUCUCUUCCAUCAUUGCCUCUGCCUCGUGCAACUGCAGGACAUGCUUGGACCCGGACCCCCCGUUUAACUUCUUCUCCGUGGUUUGGUGACGUGAGCUCUUGGGGGCAGCGGUCUCUGCCGGGCUCGGACCACGGGGAAGAGUCUGCUUCGGGUGUGAGGCUCCAUGGCGCCGACGGGGCCUCGCUCGCUAUGAACAGGGUCUCACCCAGGCGUCCCUCUGCCCUUCUCCUAUCGUGAUCCUGGAGGAAGGAGCCAUCCGCGGCCACGAAGGAGACACGAGAGCUUGGUCAUCAGUGGACCCCUCCUGCGUGUGGCUUAGGUGACCUCUGGAAAUGCACUUGCUCAGUAGGACCCGGGGAACUGUGGGGUGUUUCCGCGUAGAACUCGUUUCUCUCAAAUCGUCCCAAGAAAAUACUGGAUUGGUUUAUAGAUUUAUGCUCCUUCUUCCCCAAACAACCUGGAAGGUUGUUCCCACGACGAGCCCAGCAGCGUUCCCAUGCCCUGGCGCUCCGGCUCAGGGCCUGAGGGAUUCCCGAGGCCUGCGGGCUCCGCUCUUCAUGGCCCAGGGCCUUGGGUGCAGCCUCGCCCCUCGCUUCUCCUCUCCCACCAGAAGUCAGACCAUCAGACUGGCUUUGCAGCGCACUUUGGGGAGCAGAUUAACUUAUUUUUGUACUUGACAGUAGUAAAAUCUUGUGAGUUUUGAGUCACUUUUGAUAUUUUCAAAUUCUACGAUCUGAAGGAAAUGCUGGAAAAAUUAUUUUAAAUAUGGUUAUCCUCUUUCCAAAAACUUAAAACUAAUGAGCAAAUAACACUAACUUUGAAAAUCUCUAGAAAACUGGUUUACGAAUCCGAGUACAACAAGGCUGAGGCGCGGCGGCUGAGCUCGAAGGGCCUUCCUGCCAGGGCUUUGCUCUGAAUCUGAGGGAGAGCUCGUUUUGCUGGGGGGGGGGAGGGUGAUUCGGUCUUUAUGAAUGUCAGCUUCACCCCUUUGUCACCAAUGUGAAGCAGAAACAAAACGAAAGCCGCCCCAACACCUCCGGAUCCCUCAGCGUCAGAACGACUGGUGCUGUGCCCGUGGCCUGCGAAGUCUCGCCCUCCCGUGCCAACACUGGCCUCCGGGGACCCGGGCGCCUCGCACACCGCACGGGGCACAAGGACACGUCCGCUCUGGCAGUCAGGAAGUAGGACCACUGUGGGGACCGGAGUGGCACAGUGACCCCGUUUGCCCCGGUCGGUAAGGAACCGCGUGGACAGCCCGCCUCCCUUGCUUCCUGGGCCUCACUCGCACUCAGGUCUGCGCGUCUGACGCCUUUGAAAUUCUUAUCUUGACAUAAAAACCACAGUGUGUAUCGUGCCCAUCUUCCAGAACUACCUGGUUUCCAGGAAUUAAUUAAAGAUAAGCCUGUUUUGAGGAAAGUUAACGCAAAGGACUGUUGCCAAAUUCUCGAUAUCCUCUGAGCAGCACAGUGUUGGAUGUUAGUCACUAGAGGGAAAUGCUGUCGCAGGCGUCGUGCUGUCCAGCGAACCCUGUUGAGAUGUGAAAUGCCCUGUCAGAAAUUAAAUAUGAAUUUAAAUGUGCCUGUUGGUGUCUACGCUUCAUACAGAAUGAGGUCAGGCUCCUCAUAGGAACACUCGGUGCUAUCACCGGUUUCGCUAGACUUAAAAACUUGAACUUCCUGCGGGGGGGCGGGGGGCGGGGCGGCUAGACGGAACUGUAGACUCGGGAACCGCCAGUCGGGAGAAUAGCAUUUAAAGUGGGAAGCUGUGUUUGGAAAACUGUAUGUGAGUAUUUUUGUAUUAAAAACUUUUUAAAGGCUUUUUUUCUUAAACUUA